CCAAUUUUGGGCGAAGAGAUCAUGUGGAAGCUCGUGGCAGGCUUGGUGGCCUUUCGCGUGUUCAAUGCGCUGUUCGUGAGGACAUACUUCAACCCGGAUGAGUUCUGGCAAAGCUCCGAAGUCGCUCACCACAUGGUGUUUGGCUACGGCUACCUGACAUGGGAGUGGCAACCGCACGCCCAGUUGCGAGGCUAUGCACAUCCGUCCAUGUUUGCUCUGCUGUACAAGGCCCUACAACUGCUGAACCUCGACACGGCGUGGACAGUGGCGUAUGGACCCCGCAUCCUCCAGGGCAUCGUCACUGUCGUCACGGACGUGUUCCUAUACAAGCUCGCUCGAACGUAUUUCGACGGCGCGGCUGCGAAAUACGCGUUGCUUUGCCAAUUGGCGUCAUGGUUUAUCUUUUUCGCACUCAGUCGAACGUUUUCCAACUCGAUAGAAACGUGCUGCACGACCAUCGCCCUCCGCUACUGGCCGUGGCACUUUCUCACCGGUGAAUCCAAGCGGCGGGACGACCUGGUUGAAUCCUCCUCCAUGACCACGAAACAGCAAACCCGCAAGGCGUUUGCAUUUGCAGCGUUGGGAUGCAUCUUUCGACCUACGAACGCCGUCCUAUGGGUCUUUCUGACGGCGACGCUAGUCGUUCAAACCAAGUCCAAACUGGCGCUACUUCUCCAUACUAUAGUCCCCGUGGGUGUACUUGCCAUCAGCCUAAUGCUGGUCGUGGAUCGAAUUGGCUACGGCGAAUGGACAUGUGUGCCGUGGAACUUUGUCAAAUUCAACGUGUUGGAGGGCAAAGACAAAUUGUAUGGAGUGCACCCGUGGUACUGGUACUUUGUAGCGGGGUACCCUGAGAUCACUGCCACGCACUUGCCGCUCAUUCUGUUCGGUGGAUUCCUCACCCAAAAACGAGAACUGGCUGCCGUGAUUGUGUGGGGACUGUGCGUUUUCAGCCUCGGGGCCCAUAAAGAACCUCGAUUCCUCUUACCCCUCCUGCCUGCAUCGUUUGUCUACGCUGGCAAAGCCCUGCUUUACCUCGAGAAAAGGACCUUCUUCAAACCCCUCUUGGGUCUACUCAUCCUUCUGAACGGCAUCGCGGCCGUGUAUUUCGCCCGCUUUCAUCAGAGAGCACCGUUGGAAGUGAUGGACUACUUGGUAGCCACGGUCCAUCCGACUGACUCUGUGGACUUCCUUGUACCUUGCCACGCCACUCCAUUUUACAGCCAUCUCCAUCAAAACAUCUCGCUGUGGUUUCCUUCUUGCACUCCUUCCGAGCGCGAAGCUGGGUCUCCGUCCGAUGCGUUGCGUCAAGAUCCCCUCGCGUUUGCGACCGCCCGGUACAAAUCCCACCCCCUGCCCACAUACAUUGUCGUGUACAGUUCUGGCGCGUCCGCUUUGCACAACUCGUUGGCGAUAUGGAAGUUUGCACUGCAGAAACAAUUCGACCACUCGACCCUCUCCCUCGACGCCGACAGCCCCGUGGCCGACACGCACAUGCUCGUGUACUCCAACCAAAUGAUUUCUCCAUAAUGUUGAUAUAUCAAACGCCAAUGUAUGCCAUCAAAUAUAUAUCAAAAACACA